AUGUGUGCCUGUUUGAAAAAGUUUAAGGCUGACCUUAAAUUUCUCCAGAGUCUGUUUGCGAAAGAUCACGAACGAUUCCGCGUUACCACUUCUUCGCUUGACGAAAUCAGUUGUAUGUUUUUGUGCAGCGAUGGCCAGCAAAUAUCUGCUUCUGCCAGCAUCUUGGAGAAUUACCCGCAGACGCCGCCGGUUUGGUUUUCAGACUCAGAAAAUCCGAUGGUGCUAGAACUGCUGUCGGAUUUGAGUCAAACUUCCGGUAACAACAAUCUGAUAUUACCUCAAAUCCAAAGACUUUUGUCAGGACUCUGUGACGCAUUCCAUUUACCAGUACCGCAGGAGUUAUCGAAUUUUCCAAUGAUUUCCGAAGGAAUCGAAAAAUCGCCAUCCCAGCUGAAUGAUUUAGACAGUGAGGACGAAGAAGAUUAUCAUUAUGAAAUGGAAGAGGUAGAUGACACCUCAAAAUCUAAAAGCGAUCUUGCACCUGAAGGUGUUUUAGUUUUGAAUAAACUGAUAAAGUUGCAAAGGGAGCAACAUCUGCAGGGCACUGUCUGCGGCACUGUCACGGCGACAGAUCAUAUUUAUCGAUCUGAGUACUUUAAGAAUGGUGUGUAUCAGUUCGAUUUGGUCAAUGACAACCUGUAUGAAUGGUAUGUGAAGCUGAAACGAGUAGACCCCGAUAGCCAACUUGCACAGGAUCUAGUGGCCCUCAAGAAAAAAGGUCGGCAAGAUUAUAUUUUACUUCAUUUUAUAUUCCCCCGUGAAUAUCCUUAUGAUCCUCCAUUUGUCCACGUAGUCAGUCCUUGCAUAUCAGGAGGAUUUGUGCUCGAUGGCGGUGCCAUUUGUAUGGAGCUGCUCACCAAGCAAGGUUGGAGCAGUGUUUACAGCAUCGAAGCCGUCAUCUUGCAGAUUGCUGCUACCAUCGUCAAAUGCAACGCGCAUGUACGAUUUCAGUCGUUGUCACGCCAGUACAGUUUGGUUGAAGCUCAGGAGUCUUUUAAAUCUUUGGUACAUAUUCACGAAAGGGGAGGCUGGUACACGCCACCAAAGGAAGACGGCUAA